AUGAGCCAAAACCCCGCCAGCUCGCCCUGCUUCGACUGGGGGGUGACGGCGCCACCAUGCGACAAGCUCUCCAGGGGCUCGUCCUCCAAGGGCUCCAAGGGCUCGCCCAAAGGCCACAAGGCGGCCGGCCCGCCGCCUCAACAGGUCGACGGCCAGGGUCAACAGGUGGACGGCGACCCUCAUCCUCAUCCCGCGUCGCGGUGCAGGCGGUCCACGUCCGACUUGACGGACUUGGAGGACGGCCGCGGGUGCAUGACGCCCACCUCGCUGUCGCGGCCGUCGUCCCGGCCGUCGUCGCCGUGCGGCCGCCGCCGCUCCGGCUCCAUCAAGGCCGGCAACCUGGCGUACCUGGCGUCGCGGCGCGGCUCCGGGGCGUCCGCGGCCGGGCUGUCCGGCGCCACCUCGCCCGCCGGCUCCAUCGAGGACGUGGGCCCGCUCAACUUCAGCGCCAACCCGCGGCAGCGGCAGCGGCGCACGUCCAACUUCCUGGAGCUGCCCGUGCCGGACCACAUCCGGCCCCGGGUGUGCUCGCUGCCAGAGAAGCCGUACAAUCCGCGGUCGGGCGACGACCUGUACCGCCUGCGCACCUUCUCCAUCACCAACAAGGGCGGCGUCGUCAACUGCGGGGACUCCAUCAUCAACCGCCGGUCGCGCUCCAACACCAGCGUCAACUCCACGGCCAGCAGGGCGUCGGGGCUGAGCGGCGAGCGGUCCCCGUUCGAGGGCUCCUGCUGCGGCUCGUCGUACAACAACGUGUCCUCGGACACGGCCAGCCAGGAGGAGCAGAUCAACAAGUUCCGCGUCGUGCUGCUGGGCGAGUCCGGCGUGGGCAAGACGGCGCUCGUGUCGCAGUUCAUGACGUCGGAGUACAUCCACACCUACGACGCCUCGCUGGACGACGAGUUCGGGGAGAAAUCGGUCUCGGUUCUGAUGGAGGACGAGGAGUCCGAGAUGGUCUUCAUCGACCACCCAGCCAGCGAGAUGUCGGCGGAGAACUCGCUGUCGACGUACGAGCCGCACGCCUGCGUCGUGGUCUACAGCAUCACCAGCAAGGAGUCCUUCCGCACGGCCGAGGACAUCCUCAACUACCUGUGGCGCGAGCGCUACACCCAGGACAAGACGGUCAUCCUGGUGGCCAACAAGGUGGACCUGGCGCGCUCCAGAGCCAUCUCCACCAACGACGGCAAGGCGCUGGCGGCGUCGCGGGACUGCAAGUACAUCGAGACGUCGUCCGGCAUCCAGCACAACGUGGACGAGCUGCUGGUGGGCGUGCUCAAGCAGAUCCGGCUGCGGGCGACGCGCGAGCGCAAGCGGCAGCGGCGCGGCUCCACGGCCAGCCGCCUGCACGGCUCCAGGACGUCGCUGUCGCUCAACAUCGCGCGCGAGAUCCUGCACAAGAUCUGCCUCAACGACUCCAAGUCCAAGUCCUGCGAGAACCUCCACGUGCUUUGAGAAUCACCGUCCGCCCUCGGCGCGGCCCUCGGCGACCUGCAGGACGUCCCCGAAGACGCCUCCGUCGAGGUGUUCGUCUGACUGCGGCCCCGGGCCGGGGGCCUGGGGGGCGUGGAACCGUCGACGGCGACCUGGG